UUGUUUUCGUCAGUCAUUCUCCGUGGGUGUUUGCAUUUACACGCAAGGUGUAAUCUGUUAGUUAACAUCAGACCUCCGAACUGAGCGUCACGAUGCAAACCGCGCGGUGUUUCAUAAUUGCAAUUGUUUUUUGUUUGGUCAGUGGUGAUCCAAUCGUUAUUGACCAGACGUCGGAAAAGUACCAAACAAUUUGUACUAAACAAAAUACCGAAUUUAAACAGUUGUGUACUCCUCAACCUACAUGCUCAGAACCUGCUUGGGUACCUAGUAAAUGCAUAGAAGGUUGUUUGUGUAAAGAUGGUUUUGUGUUAAACCCAAUGGGUGAUUGCAUUCCUCCGGAAACAUGUCCGGGAGUAAUUUGUCCACAAAAUACAACGUUUAGUAUGUGUGCUAAUGUUUGUGAGAAAAACUGUAUGACCCAGUAUUUGACUCCUGAAUAUGCGUGUAGAUGUAGUCCUGGGUGUGAGUGUUUAGAGGGUUUUGUCAGGGAUCGUACUUCAUUUUGUAUACGACCGGAAGAUUGUGAUCCAGAAAUUGUUAAAUGCCCGGAGAAUCAGGUUUAUAAUAAAUGCAAAUCAUCAGUUGAUACCUGCACAGGACCAAUUUUAUACAAAAAAUGUACUUCUGGAUGUUUUUGUGAAGAUGGAUGGGUUUUGGAUGAUAAUAACAACUGUGUACUUAAAGAAAAUUGCCCUAAACAAGAAAUAGAAGAACAAGAUUGUCCCAGAAAUCAAACUUUUAAAGAUUGUUCCCUCUGUGGUCGAUCAUGUGAAACCCAAUACAUCAAUAUAAUGUUCAAAUGUGCUUGUCAACCUGGUUGUGCAUGCCAAGACGGCUACAUCUGGAAAAAUAAUAAUGAAAAACAAUGCGUAAAACCGGAAGAUUGCACUCGGGAAGAUACUAAAUGUCAGAGUACCCAAUAUUACAGCGAUAGUGAAGUGCGGAAAACUUGUCUGAAACCAAGCGGUAAUGGAAUCAAAACCUCUGGAUGUUUCUGUAAUGAUGGUUUAGUUUAUGAUGAAGAUACAAGGACUUGUAUGAAGCCGGAAAAAUGUCCGAAUGCGCAAUGUGGAUCCUAGACAAUCAUACCACGAAUGUUAUAAAAAUAUUGUUCGUACAUGUCAAGACAAACAAGUGGAAAAGGUCCGGGAUAUCGAAUCGAUUGAAUGUCUUUCGGGUUGUUUCUGUGAUGGGCCA